AUGAUUAAAUUGACACUUAUUUUGAUAUGUCUUUUAACUACAUCUAGAGCAGCAACAAUAUCAUCGGUUUCAGUAAGCACCUCAAAUCGGGCUAUUAGGGUGCAAGCGAAUUAUUAUUUUGCGAUAAAGAUUGUUAAUACGAUACCUUCUGGGGGACAGAUAAAGGCCACUUUUCCAUCGGUUUUUACGCAGCUGCCAACAGGGGGAAUUCAGUGCUCGAUUACAGCAGUGACAGCAGCAUCGAGUGUGCAGUGUGCCUUUUCAGGGCAAAAUUUGAUAAUAACUGGCUGCUUUCCAACAACAGAUACUACAAUUACCUUCGAUGUCUAUGGAAUUACAAAUCCUAGCACCAGCGUGACAUCAGACUCUUUUGCUAUUUACACAUACGGAUCUAGCUCUAAUUCGCUAGACCAAGUGACCUCAGGGCCUACUAUCACUUUUACAAGCAUCAGUUUAUUAAAUGCUCAAUUAGUAACAGGAUCCCAAGUUAGCGGAGAAUUAUCAAGUUGAACCAUUUUUCUUCAGACUAACUAUGAGGUCCCUUCUGGUGGGCAAAUCCAAGUGAAAUUUCCUUAUUGGAAUCAAAACAUAGCUACCUCGAAUUUCAAACCUUUUUGCACACUUCUCCAGGGUUAUUUGUUUUAAAUUUAUAUAUAAAUUUUAUAGGAAAUUAUUUUUUCGAAAUUUAAAAAAACUCAUUAUUUAAAAAUUUGAAAGCAAAUAAUUUUUUAAUUUAUGCUUUUAAAAUGCAAUUUGUUCAAAAUUAAACAGAAUUAGCUAGAGAUUUCAUUAUGCUAAUUAUCACUUAUAUAAAUUUUUGUAAUGAAUAUUUUUAUAUUAACAAAAUUUUUGUUCGCUAGAUAACAAAACCAUUGAAAAAAAUCCCUAUUUUUUGAUUAAAAAUCCACCUCCGCAAACGGAGGUGAGAGUCAGGAACUUUAACUUGCAUUGGGAUUAACAGUAAGAGAUAAUUAGAUUUUGAUAGCUCCCCCUCUUGCUAUUGUAGUAACAAUAUACUUUAUAUUUCUGGUGCAUCUAGUACCAGUGGAUUGAUACAGAUUCAAGUCAAUAGCAUUUUAAACCCUCCAAAUACAGACACCAUGACUGGAUUUUCAAUUUCUACAGCUCAAGGGGGAGGUAUAAUUGAAACUAUGCCAAGCAUUAGCGUUUCAGUUACAGAGCCCAAUGAGCUAACUAUUAGUGAUAUUUAUGUGGACAACUCACAAGUUAAUGCGAUUACUAAUUAUCAAAUUAGUUUAGAAUGUAGUAGCCCAAUACCAAAAAACGCAAAUUUGUAUAUAUUUUUCCCCAGGCUGGAUAUACAUAAAAUGGCGGACGGCGACCGACCCACCCUCUCAGUGGUGGUUACCCAUGUAUAUCCGGGCAUGGUUUUUGGAGCCAGGAGUUAGCCCAACAACGUCUGGGACCUCGAAGCGAGAGGCCUAAGCGCGAGAGCCGCUGCUUUUUCGACCAGACCCAUGGGCAGUUACUCGUGACUUCUUUUUGCCAGCAGCGCUCAGCCCAGUGAGUGCCCGAAAUGAGGCAGGGUGAAUUACCUGCCUAAGCUGCUUUUGUGGCUCGCCCCGAAUGGCGAAAGCUGUUGAGUUCUUUCUCGGGAUGACCGGAAAAGAGGGGAAGGCCAGCUAGACAACUAAACGGGGGUCUCUCCAGUUGAAAAGGUGCCCUUCAAUGGGCAGAUCUGGCGGACGACGCGGCAGUGUUGGCGUAAACUUAGGCGACGAUCCAAGUUGGGAAUGGAGGCGGCCAGCAAAGCCGGUAUAAGACGGCCCUUGACAAUGCCUCUACCGAGAAACCGGGGGUUUCGGCCCGGGCUUGGUGAACGCUCUGCCACCACACGGGAAACCGUGGAAUGCUUCCUCGGACGUAGUAGGGACCUUAAAUACCCAGCGUAAUCUUAAUCUUAUAUUUUUCCCCAGGCUGGAGUUUACUUUAGGAAGCUCAGUUGAUACAACAAUUUCAAGCUUUAGUGGGCUGACAAUAUCGCCUACAUAUUCUAUUUCAGAUAAUGAAAUUACUAUUACAGGAAGCUUUAACAGCUAUCUUGAUCCUCUUUAUCCUAUUGGCUUUCAAGUCUCAAACAUAAAAAAUCCUUCCACAUGUGCUCCUUCUUCUAAUAUUACAGCAGCAAUACAAACGAGCUCUGGUGGUUAUAUUUGCCAAACUUCUACAGGAUUCAGCCUUCAGUCUACAUCAGGGACAAUUUCUAGUGUUUCUAUAACUCCAUUGGACUAUACGAUAAACUCAAACACAAUUUAUUCCUUCCAAUUUACCCCAAAUGAUGGAAUUCCUAUUAACGGUGCCAUAAAAAUUACAGCUCCCAGCCAAGUGACUUUUGUGAAUAGAUCUAAAAGAGGAUGCUAUUAUAUUCAAUCUGGGCUCAGCUCAAAUGCAUUAUGUGAAGUAACUGAUUCUAAAUUUUUAUAUAUAACUCAAGGUUUUAAAUCUGCUUAUACAUCAGGGGUUGUUGCGUUUAAGAUAAAUAAUAUAAUAAACCCAAGCUUGGCAGUUGAAACUGAUAGUUUUCUGAUAGAAACAUAUAGUAGUGAGAGCUUCAGUUACUUAAUUGAUACUGACCAAACAGUAAAAAUAUCACCAACAUCAGCUAUUUUAUCAAGCGUAAUCAUUACUCCAAGUUCGAUUAUUACAGGAGAUAUUACUUCCUAUACAUUUAGUAUUCAAACAAGCAGCCCAAUACCUCAAGGAGGUCAAGUGAAAGUAAAUUUGCCUACUGAAAUUUCUAUCACUGAUACAACUAAAACUUGUAGUAAUGGGAUUGGGUUUAGUAAUUGAUUCAGUUGUGUGCUUACGACGUCAUCAAUUGUUAUUGAGAAUGGUUUUCAAUCAGGUUCCUUUAUGCCUGGGCAGCUUUCCUUUGUGCUUGAUGGUAUUAAAAAUCCAGUGACUACACAGCCAUCAUCGACUUUUCAAGUGUUUACUAUUUAUGAUAAUACAGUUAUAGAUUCAUUAACUUCAGGCAUUAUUAUCACGAUGGAAGUUCCUCAUACAAUGUCUGGAUCAAUAACUCCAUCAAGCUAUAAAGUCGGUGACACCGCUAGCUAUCAGUUUUUAUUGCAACCUUUUAACCCUCUUCCAAUAUCUACUUCAAUUCUUAUCUCUCCUCCUUCCAGCUGAAACUUCCCAUCAACUAUUGGCUGCACUUCUUCAGGAAAUAAUAUAAGCUCAAUUUCAUGCACACUUCAAGGAUCUUCUCUUUUGCUAUCUCUCACCCUUUCUUCAUCAUCUGCAAGCCAAAUUUCUUUGACUGUAUCAUCUGUAAUAAACCCAUCGUCAACUACCCCUACAAAUUCAUUUUCAUUGACCACAAAGUCAGGCUCUUAUCUAAUUGAUUCAAUUUCUUCAGAUCUAGCUUUGCAGAUGACGACCGUUGGAGACUUAAAGCAAGUCACUAUCACUCCGAAUGAUUAUGGGAUUUCUAUUAUAACCGACUAUUCCUUUGUAUUUAUCACUACAAAUAUGGUUCCUUCAGGUGGGUAUUUAGAGCUGUUAAUUCCUAAAUCUAUAACAAUUACGUCGUCAACCAAAUGCAAGUCAAAUAAUUACGUGUCAUGCACUCUUCAAGGAACUAAUACACUGCUAGUUUAUCUAUUUUCAUCAUAUACAUAAAAUGGCGUAUGGCGACCGACCCACCCUCCCAGUGGUGGUUACCCAUGUAUAUCCGGGCAUGGUUUUUGGAGCCAGGAAUUAGCCCAACAACGUCCGGGACCUCGAAGCGAGAGGCCUAAGCGCGAGAACCGCUGUUUUUGCGACCAGACCCAUGGGCAGUUAUUCGUGACUUCUUUUUGCCAGCAGCGCUCAGCCCAGUGAGUGCCCGAAAUGAGGCAGGGUGAAUUACCUGCCUAAGCUGCUUUAGUGGCUCGCCCCGAAUGGCGAAAGCUGUUGAGUUCUUUCUCGGGAUGACCGAAAAGAGGGGAGGCGAGUUAGACAUCGAGACGGGGGUCUCUCCAGUUGAAAAGGUGCCCUUCAAUGGGCAGAUCUGGCGGACGACGAAGCGGAGUUGGCGUAAACUUAGGCGACGAUCCAAGUUGGAAAUGGAGGUGGUCAGCAAAGCGGUAUAAGACGGCCCUUGACAAUACCUCUACCGAGAAACCGGGGGUUUCGGCCCGGGCUUGGUGAACGCUCUGCCACCACACGGGAAACCGUGGCAUGCGACCUCGGACGUAGUAGGGACCUUAAAUACCCAGCGUAAUCUUAAUCUUAAUCUUAAUCUAUUUUCAUCGACUUUUUAUGCUGGACAAAUAACUUUUACUAUAGAAUCUUUACAAAACUAUAAUCAGGCUGCUACUUCUGACCCUUUUAUGUUUACCACAAAGACAUCUACUGGGUAUUCUAUUGACAGUUAUAGUGGAAAUCCAAUUACUUUUAUAUGCUAUUCUCCUUGUGAAGCAUGUAGUACCUAUCCAACAGCUUGCACUUCGUGUAUAAGUGAUUCAAAUUACCCUUAUUAUUGAAAUGGAGCUUGCUAUGAAACUUGUCAGACUGGCUGAAUAGAUCUUUCAAAUACUAAAACUUGCACCAAAUGUAGCUCAAAUUGUAAAGCUUGCAGCGGAAGUGAGAGUAACUGCAUAUCAUGCACUGAACAAAGUCCUUAUUUAAUAGAGGGCAGAUGUUCUUCUAUUUGCCCAACUGGCUAUUUAAUUACAGAAGACAAUCAAUGCUUAAAAUGUGAUAUAAUUAGCUUCAAAGAAUAUUUCAUAACUAAAAAUAUUUAAUUUUAAUGCCCUAUUCAGAAGAAAAAUUAUACAAGCUGUUUAUCAUGUUCAGGAGAAACAACAAACUGCAGCUCAUGUCCUUCCCCAAAAAAAUUAUAUUCAGGAACCUGCAUUGACAACUGUGAAGCAAACACAAUGGUCGAAAUUUCUAAUGAAUGUUUCAACUGUAAUGUUAAUUGUGAACAAUGCAGCCUUUUCCCUACAAACUGUACCAGCUGCCAGAAUGGACAAAUUCUUUGAAAUAACGUCUGCGUUUCUACAUGUCCAACUGAUAUCGCUGUAACUAUAGAUAGAGUUUGCCUUAGUUGCGAUAAAUCAUGCAAAACCUGUGCAGGCUCAACAUCAUCUUGCACAUCUUGCAAUGAUGGUUUUUAUUUAUAUAGCCAGCAGUGUCUGCAAAAUUGCCCCAGUGGGUAUACAAAAAUAGACACUGUUUGUGAGAAAUGCUCUGCAAACUGCCAAGAGUGCAGUGGGACAGUCGAUAAUUGUAUUGAAUGCGAAACAGGGAAGUAUUUAUAUGAUGGAAAUUGCGUGUCAUAUUGCCCAUCAGCUGUUACUAUAGUUGAUGGAAGCUCCUGCAUUGACUGUAAAAGCACUUGCAAAACUUGCAGCGGAAGUAUUGAUAGCUGUGUAACUUGUCCUUCUAAUAAAUAUUUUUAUAUGAAUCAAUGCUUAUCUUCAUGUCCUGUUGGAACAUUGCCCACAAAUGGAGAAUGUGAAACCUGCAAUUCUAACUGCAAAACCUGUGAAAAUUCAAGCUCAAGUUGCACAGCUUGUGAAAACUCAAAAUUUUUAUACAGAAAUGAAUGCCUUGAAGAAUGUCCUAGCCAUUCAGCAAAAAUCAAUGAGACUUGUGUAGACUGUGAGCUUCCUUGUAUAAGCUGCGACAUUUCUGCCACAAAUUGCACACUGUGUGAGAAUUCAUAUUACUUAUAUGAGGGAAGCUGUUUAUUGCAAUGCCCUGAAGGAAAUAUAGCUUAUAAAGGAAAAUGCGUUACAACAGCUUUAAAACCUGGAGAAUGUGCUAUUGGAUGUGGGAUCGCUGAGCUUGGAAAUAAGGUUUGCGACCCUGAAUGCAAUGUAAAGGCAUGUGAUUAUGAUAAUGGGUUAUGCUUGGCCUCUCAAUCAGAUAGUAACGAUAAAGCAAACUAUUCUACAAAUUUUUACUUUGAAAAGGUGCCUUUUCCCACUACAAUUGCGAGCGUUUCGUCUAUAGGAGUUGCAACUGCAGGGAAAAUAUUAGCUGGAAGCUUUAUAAUGCCUUCAGCAGUCGCUUUAGGAGGUAUUAUUGAGUCCUGCAGCUGAGCUAUAGUGAUCAAUAGCUUAUGAAAUACUAAUUCUACUCAUGGCAGAGAGCUACUUGAGUCAAAAAAUGAAAGUAUUGAAAUAUCAUUUUAUUGGAUUAUUGGGGUUAUCAUUGUUCAUAUCUUGCUGAACGCUUUGUUUUUAGCAUAUUACUUCCUUUCUUAUUGCAGAAAAGAUGAUGAGCAUUGCAAAUGAUUAAAAAGUAACUUUAUUGUUACCACUAUAGUCAUAUUUUUAUCACUUGUGGUGUCAUUUAAAUUUAUAAGAUUUUUCUAUACAAAUAUUCCGAAAAUUGAAUCAAGUCAAGCGAUAUUUACUACAUAUGCUACCUUAUAUAUGCCUCUUGCAAUAUUCACUGUUAUCAGCUUUAUUUUAACAACUUUACCUAUCUGUGGAGUCAUGAUAUAUAAUUUAUUCAUUUUUUCACCAGGAAAUGUAAUAUUUUCUCAAUCGUUGGAUAGCUUGGUAGUGACUGCAUUUAUUGCAUUUAUUUCUUUUAUUGAAAUUGCUCUUAUGGUUUUUGAAAUUGGAAAAGAAAAAUCUGGGGUAAUAAAUCAAUAA